UAUAGAGAUAACCUAAAAAUUUCGUUGUUUAUAGUUUACAAUUUCUAGAUUAUCAAAUUAAGUUAUUGUUAUAAUAAAACUGAUGUAUUUGAUUUCCAACUAAAUGUUGGUAUAACAAAUCUUUAACUUUAUUGAAUUUUAUUUUUGUAUGUAAUAUAAUUUUAUUUAAAAUGCCUGUAAGUAAUAUGACUUUAGUUAAAAUCGCCGCUCUAGGUGGGUUUGCGACUGUUACUAUGGCAAUUUUGUACAAAAAUAGAUUGAGUUACAAUGUAUCACAAACUGAAUUUUACAAAGAAGCUCUAAAAAUAGUAAGAAGCCACAAGGGAGCUGUGACUUUGUUGGGCGAGCCGAUCAGGGACAGAGACGUAGAUGUAUCAGAUAUGAAAACAAAUUUUGUCAAGGACAACACCGCACAAUAUAAAGUACCCUUGAAAGGAAGCAAACAAAAUGGGCAUCUGUAUUUUUGGGCUUUGAAAAAUGUUGAUAAAUGGGAUGUUACAAGAAUGGAAUUGGAGCUAGAUAGUGAUUCUUCAAAAAGACUUGUUAUUAAAUCAUCUAAUGAAAAUCGCGAUUCUUAAAGCUUAAAAUUUGCUCAAAUUAUAUUAAAGUACUUUUUUCAUUUUUAAGAAUUUUUUAAGUAGUUAUAUGUAUAUAACACAUAGUAUAAUAACACAAGUAUUGCAGCUAUUUCUGAAUAUAAAAUAUAAUUUUUGUAAAGAUCACUUUUAUGCUUCCUAAUUAAAAAAUUUAA